ACGUUUAUCCCUUGAUUGAAUCAUUAGCCACUCACUCACUUACUCUCUUUACCGUUUCUUUUAUUUCUUCUUAUAGCUUUUGAGUUUAAUCCUUCCCCCCCUCCCUCUUCCUUAAUCCAGUAUUCCCUAUUACUACUUGCAUACAUCCACAUAUACAUACAUACAUAUACAUGAUCCUACAUACUUGAAAAAAAGAAUGCUGGGCAACACAGAGGGCUAGAACAAGGCUACACAAACCCGUGCAGGAUGCAUCAUCCCAACUUAUUUUUUUUUCCCACUUUUUUGUGUAAUAUUAUCCUUGGUUGGUUUCGUCGUCAGCCAGCCAGCCAGCCACGAUGAGCUCAUCUAUCUUUUCUCUCAUUUUCUUCACCGUCUUUCCGCGGAGGGAGGGGGUUAAGGAAAAAGAGGAGGUUGGAAUCUUUGACGAUAUUGUGCGAGGGACUCGUUGCUAUGCUUCUAUACUACGUAUCUCAUAUAUUCUGGAAUAUAUUUUCAUGAUGUGUAUGCAUAGCAUAAUUACUUACAUUCAAGUUAGUGGUGUAGUUGCUUUGCUGUUGUUGUUAGAAGAGAUAAUAUGUAUACUUGUACAAUGCCACCAAGUCGCCGACCCCGGAUCCUCCCGCGGAAAUACCUCAUGGCGCGAGACUCGACGAGAGAAACUCACCAGACAGUUUGGGGUGGGGAAGGGGGAUUGUGCAUAUGACAGUGAUGGGGAGAAGAAAGGGGAGUGGGUUGUGACCCAGAUACCUACAGGGUUGCAGAAGCAGCAGCAGCAGCAGCAGAGGGAUAUACGGAAAGAAGAGGAUAAGAAUUGAUCAUCAAGACGAUAAUGGGAAUAAGAUAACAGACACAAACACAGACACAG